AUGCGGCCACUCACAGAACCCGAGACGAAGACACUCUUCGAGAAGCUUGCAACAUACUGCGGAAAGGGCAUAUCCAACCUGAUUGCCGACCCCUCAGGCGGAAACGACCGCAACGUCUUCCGCGUGCAGGGCUCAAGAGUCUACUACGUCCGCGAAUCGCUCGCCAACCUCGCCACCUCCGUCGCGCGCGACCAACUCCUCUCGCUGGGCCUGUGUCUCGGAAAAUUCACCAAAACCGGGAAAUUCCGGCUGCACAUCACCGCGCUGUCGAUAAUCGCGCCGCACGCGCGCUACAAGGUGUGGGUCAAGGCAAACGGCGAGAUGCCGUUCUUGUACGGCGGCAAUGUACUGAAAGCGCAUGUGGGACGGUGGAGCGAGGAUUGCCCGGAACAUCAAGGUGUGGUGGUGCUGAGUAUGAACGACACGCCGCUGGGCUUUGGCGUGAGUGCGAAGAGUACGGCCGAGGCGAGGAAACUGGAUCCUACGGGCAUUGUGACGUUUAGGCAGGCGGAUGUGGGCGAGUACUUGAGGGAGGAAGAUACGCUGUUUACGACUUGA